AUGAUGGAUCGGUUAGUGCAAUUGUUUCAUGGUGGCAAAGUGAAAGGAAACGGGGAGUUCGAAAGCAUGCACGAACAUGUUGAGUUCUUUAGUGGACCUCCUACCUUCGAUGCUUUGGUUAGCAAGUGCCGGGAUAAAUUUAGGUGGCCACUAAGCUUGAGAGGCAGAUUUGACUGUGGGAAGGAACGGGCACAUUAUGUGUUGAUGUCUUUGUCAUGUGAGGAUGAAUGGAAGAACUACAUAGAGGUUGUCAUGAGUAGCAGUGUUAGGUGCUUUGAAGUCAUUGUGGAGAAGGGGUCUAACCGAAGUGUGGUGGCUGUGGAUGAUAGUGUUGAUGUGGAGCCCGUAGAGAACCUUACCCAAGACGAAGAAUUGCAUGCGGUUGUCGUUAGAGAAGUUGAUGGGUCAUGUGAGUCCGGUGCCUUGAAUGAUGAUUUCGAUGAAGAAACGUUUGAUGAGGACGAUGGCAAUGGAGAUGGAACACAUGAUAUGGACGACAUAUCCCAAGGAUCAGAGGAUGACGAAGUUGAUGUUGCCUACGUGGACGAAGAUGACUUUACUUCGAGGCCAAGUACUUCGGAUGAUGUGUUGGAGGACGAGUACAGGUCUGAGCCUAGUAGCGAGGACAAAAGUGAUUGUUUUGACGGAGGGUUUCCGGAUGCAAUAGGAGUCCUAGCUGAUGGGUCAUUGAGAAUGGAGUACAAUGACGUAGAAUUGAGGCAAUUGAAGGCUGUCCAAGUGGAGCAUGGUGCACCCACACUUCCCCCUUCUUGA